CACGGCAACACGCGGCGUUUUUUUCGCGCGCCUUUAGCGUCCUCAUUCCUCCUUCUUCCUCCGACAUUGACCCUGUGGACCUCGCCCGUUCUCUCACCAAAUACCCCCUCACGAGAAGCAAGUUAUAGGUCCUGAAGCCCAGUACCAUAGCUUGUAUCUGGCCACCGCAGCUCUAGCCACCGGUUUACCCACCGAAGCCGGUCCCACCACUUGAACGUCGCCAUCGACGGUGCUGCCAUAAGUCUUCUCUCACCAUGUCUAGCAGUAUGCUGGCCCUACACAAGGCCGCUUCUCGGACGCAGAGCGCUGUGUCCACGUUAGCAUUCAACAGCCGAUCACAAAAGUCCACCGGCCCACAUAUAAUAUCCAGAGGUCUCGUCACACCGUCUAUAAGCGUCUCCAGACGAUCGGCAAUCCGCUCCACCCGCCCCACCCUCCUUCCUAUCGCCGUCCACCGCAGUUCUGCCCGCUUCGAAUCCACAAACUUCUUCACCGAGUUCUACAAGUCCUUCAAACGACAAGUAGCAGAAAAUCGAGAGUUUCAGCAGAAUGUGCAGCAGCUCUCCGCAUCAACGAAGGAACUGGCUGAGUCAGAUGCUGUGCAGAGGGCAAAAGAUGCUAUGGACAAGACGUCGAAGGGCACUUCGAAGGUCUUUGAAAAGGUCGGGGAGACUGUCGAUAAGGUUGUGGAGAACCCAGUAGUCAAGAAAACUGGAGAGGUUCUGUACACGGCAGGAGAGAAGGUCGCUGAGGUUGGACAGAAGGUUGCUGAGCCAAUUUUGGACACGAAAGCCGCAAAGGCCGUCGGAAAGGGAAUCAAGCACGUCAAAACGGAAGUGAUCGACUCUUCAGACUCUGCAUUCUUCCACGAAUACGUACCACGUGAGCAGCGCGAAAAAGAACGUGCAGAACUGCUCGCCUACCAGCAGAGCAAAAUGCCAUUGGGCAUUCCCGGCGUCCCAAAUCCCAACAGAAUCGUUACCGCAGAUCCCGAAGCAGGCCAAAACGUCGAGCUUCACCGGUCGUCGAAGCUUGCCGAGUCAUGGAGGAAGUUCAAGGAGGAUAGCCCCAUCGCGCAAAAGCUGUUUGCUGUACGACGUGGGAUUGACGAGAGCGACAACCCUGUUGUCGAGCGGAUCCGUGAUUUCUUUUCGAGCAGUGCGUUCGAGGAGACUGAAACCGCACGAGUGGUCAGCGCGUUGAAGGCGGUGGAUCCUACGUUCAGGACCGAAAAGUUCUUGAAGGAGGCUACAAAGUACUUCGUGCCAGAAAUUCUGGAAGCUUACUUGAAAGCAGAGGCGCCCAUAUUGCGAGAGUGGUGCAGUGAAAGGGCAUACGCACGAUUAUCCGCCGGUUUCGAAGCCCAACAGCAACAAGGGCUCGUUUCCGACUGCAAACUUUUAGACAUCCGCCACGUAGACAUACGCAAACUCACACUCCUCGAGGACGAAGUACCAGUUAUCCUCGUAACUUUCCAAACAAACGAGAUCCUGAUCUUCAGGAACCGCAAAGGCGAGCUCAAGCUGGGUAACGAGAACGCGAUCGAGACCGCGACCUAUGUCAUGGCGUUCACCAAGGCGCAGUGCGUUGACCCGUCGGCUACUAUCAGCGCGAGGACGAACGGAUGGAUUGUCAUUGAUUGGAGUAGGAGCACUGGGUGGUAGUUAGUCGAUGCCAGCAGCGUUCGAUGGUCGACAGUCGGGAGAGUGAGCGAGAUCGCGAUUUCUUCUCAAAGGCUUAUUUUGCAUCACACAUGGAGCAUUUCUGUAUUUAGAACAACAAUUUAGAGCG